GGAAGGUUCUGCGCCGGCCCUCAGUCGCUGCCGGGCGGCGGGAGCGGGCGGAGGCGCGUCCGCGUUGCGACUCUGUCGCGGUUCUGUCCUGCUUCUAUCGCGGCUCUAUCGCCUGUCGCGGCUGGCGCAGCGGGCCCGGCGCUAUGGGAGUGACUCACGAAGCGGGGCUCUCCCCUCAGGACCCGUGCGGGGGCAGCCCGGCCGGCUGGAGCCGGAGCGCCCAGGUGCCUCAGGGGAACCAGCGCGGGGCGUGCCCGGCGGCGCCCAGCGGAACAGAGACUGGGCACUGCAGAACAGCAGCCAAACCCGAACCAGCCGCUGAGAGCGUGCAGAAGACAAACGCUGGCAAAACGGACGACAUGACGGAUUUCAUGGAUGACCUGAGCCUCAGCUCGCCCAAGAAGAGGGGCUCGUCGGUGAGCUCCAAGCGGAGCUGCGCCAGCUCCUCCAGCCGCUCCUCCAGCCGCUCCUCGUGCAGCUCCCGCUCCAGCAGCUCCUCCUCGGCCUCCUCGCGCAGCUGGAGCCGCUCCCGCUCGCGCUCCCGGGCCCGGCGCAACGGCUCCCGGCGCUCCCGGCGCUACUCCCGCUCCUACUCCCGGAGCCGCUCCCGCGGCUACCGGCGCUACCGGAGCCGCUACCCGCCCCGGCACUACCGGCACCGCUACCCCCCGCACCGCUCCCGCAGCCGCUCCUGGUCCCGCGGCAGGGCCUACUACAGGCGGUCCUACUCCAGGAGCAGGUCCCGCUCCAGGGGCAGGAGGUACUACGGCUUUGGGAGAACCAUCUACCCCGAGGCCUACAGGAGCUGGCGGAGCAGGUCCCGGACACGGUCUCGGAGUAGGUCACCUCUGCACCUCAGUGAAAAAGACAAGAGGGAACUCCUGGAAAUAGCAAAAGCCAAUGCUGCCAAAGCCCUGGGAACAGAUAACAUUGUCCUGCCAGCGAGCCUGAAGAUGUCUGCUCCUGCCAAAGAGAUCAAAACCGAGAAGCGGGAGCGUGAGGAAGCCACGGAGUCAGCUGAGCAACCUGGGAGUGCAGCUGAGGACGUGGCCAAGGGUGGCAUGGAGAGAGCAGCCAUACAGAGGAGCAUUUCCUUCAGCCCUAAUAACACAAUGGCCAAGCCUGCCCUGCAGAAGCCAGUGAGCCAUGUUGUUGUUAAGGAGCCAGUCGUUUCUCCACCCAGAGAGGAUGACAGGAAGGGAAGCCCCUAUGGGCAGUGGGUUCCUGUCAAGAAGGAGGAGAAGAAAACAUUCCUGAACUUCUCACCCAAAAGCUCCCUGUUCCGGGCACGCUGAUGGGAGUCACUGUCAGACUGCAGCACUUCACACCCCUCAGUAGAGAGCUGGAGGUUGCUGAUGGGCUUGAAGAUUUGUUAAUACUGAGUAUUUAUUUUGAGGUCUUAAUUUUUGGAAUCUUAGGUUUCUCUUUCAGAUAGAGAGCACACAGAUCCAGAAGCCACAGAUGGGAGUCUUGUGUAUAUUUGUAAAUAUUUUGUAAUGCUUUAUUGGACUAGAACUUGCAGGUGGGUAACUUUUUCUAAACCAUAGUUGAGUAGCUGUUCUUUGAACACCUGGAUUUACAUUGUGUAACUGUUUACUUCAAGUGAAUAAAGUUUAGUUUUGCACUGGC